UGUGUGUGUGUGUGUGUGUGGCCGGAGGAGGGCUCUCUCCAGCGGGGUGGGCUCUGCCUCCAAUGGGCGUGUGAGGGGUCGGGACUCGAGCCGCUGUCUGAGCGAGCAGCGAUGGAAAGACCCAGAAGAGUUGGUCUCGUCCUCAGCGGCCGGUGACACAGGCGAACCGCAGCGGGAACCGGAGCUCUGUCCCCCGCGUGUGCACCGGGCUGUCCUCGGCUAAAGGAAGCGAGCGGAGCCGGGCGCUAACUCGACCGUUAGCCGACAACAACCACCGACAACGCGGCUUUUGUUUGGACGCGUCUCUCCGUGAGUUCGAUUCCGCUCGUCGCCGCGGGGCCGAGUCGUCGUCGUUUGAAAACAUGUUGACCGGAUCCAAAACCACGUUCAAAGUGAGGCAGAUGCUCCCGGACAUCAAGGAGAGGAUGCUGAGUCAGAGCGGGGUGAACGCGAGGAGCCGAGAUGUGUUUGGACUGCGCUGCCUUCCAGGCGAGUGUGUUCUCCAGAGGGCUGUUAUGGUGAGGAAGAAGCUGACUGCCAGGGAAGGAAGAGGUUGGCUGUCUGGGACUCUCUUCUGCACUCACUUCAGAGUGGCCUUCGUGCCCCAGGACGCUCCCAAGCCUGAUGACAAUGCAGACCCGGUGCUUUUGGGAGAUCACGAUGUGGCUUUGGCGUCGAUAGAGAAGGUUGUGGUUGUGGGACCAAACAGGACGAAGCUGGUGACCCCUCACUCCUCGCUGAAAUUCACCCCGGAGGAGCUGGUGCUUUACUGUCGGGACAUGCGAGUCGUCUGCUUCCUGUUCGACCGCCUCACUCCUGACGCACAGGUCUUAGAGAUAACCUACACCAUCGCCAAGACCUACCAGCCUCUGAAACCAGGGUCGGUCUUAUCUUUCCAGAACGCUGCUCUGGGCAGUGUGGAAAUGAAGCAGUUUCUAAGCAACCGUCGUCGAGACGCCCACAUGAACUGGUUCGAGUCGGCCUCGGACUUGGAGCAGGAGCUGGAGCGCUGUGGGGCCAGUGGCUGGAGAGUCAGCUCGGUGAACGACCGCUUUGAGAUGUCCACCAGCCUCCCGAGGUUCCUCGUGGUUCCACACAAGGUGUUUGACACCGAGCUGAAGAAAAGCUUCGCCCACUUCAACGAAGGUCGAAUCCCUCGCUGGUGUUGGCGACACCCCAGAGGCAGUGAUCUACUGCGAAUGGCCAGUUUCCAGAACAACAUUUAUCAUGAGAAAGAUGACAUCAGGAACCUGGAGAUGAUCCUGUUCGGCUGCCAGUCGUCUCUGUGUGUGGUGGUGGAGCUGGGAGAGGAGCUGCCGUCGCCUGCUGACAUCCAGCUCGCUCACAGCCGCCUGCGCGCCCUCUGUCUGGGAGAUAUCUCCACAUCUGUGUCGGUGCCUGAUGACAAAUGGUUAUCUACCCUGGAGAGCACCCACUGGCUGGACUACACAAGGUCCUGUUUGAGGAAGGCAUCAGAAGUUGCCUGCUUGCUUCGUGGCGGUCACCUGACCGUGGCACUGCAAGAAGCGGACGACCGGGACAUGAGCUGCGUGGUGUCCAGCCUGGUGCAGGUGAUGUGUGACCCCCACUGUCGGACCCAGUAUGGCUUCCAGAGCCUGGUGCAGAAGGAGUGGGUGAUGUCCGGCCACCGCUUCUACAGCCGCAUCAACUACCACCGCGACAACGACAAAGAGGAGGCUCCGGUCUUCCUGCUCUUCCUUGACUGUGUCUGGCAGCUGUGGUCCCAGCAUCCCUCUCGCUUCCAGCUGACGGAGGACUUCCUGUUGGCCCUACACGACAGCAUCCACCUGCCUCUCUUCACCAGCUUCCUGGGCAACUGCCAGCGAGAGAGAUGCAAACGCUCCCAGAACAAUGGGCAGUCCUACACGCCUGUUAACGGCUGGAGAGACGUGCAUCAUCCGGACUCUUCCUCAGAUCCGUCAGAUCCUCCUCUGCCUCCCGUGUGGGACUGGGCUCUGCAGUACAGCAAACCCAGGAGAGACCGCUUCACUCAACCCGUCCCCCCGACCCCACCGCUCCAACCGCUGCUCAACGGAAACCUCAACACAAACCCAGACACACACAAGCUGACUGACACCAUCCCCGGCUCGGUCGUCCUCCUCUCUCGAGGAACCUUCUCCUGUCCUGCUAACCUGCUUCCCUGGCGCAGCAGCAGCUCAGGCAUUUACAAGAAGAGCCACCGGAGGGCGCCGUCCUCCGAGAGCGUGCCCGGCCUGGAGCGGCUGCUGAAGUCCUGGUCCCUGACUGAGCUUCCCCAGGGCCCCACUUCCACCUCUGGACCUCAAGGGCCACUUGACCCCUACGAGCCGUUACUGCCCCUACUUAUGGGGCCCUGCAUGGGUCUGUGGAGGGAGUGCUACCUCCGGGGGGCGCUCCAUGCACAGGCGUUCUCCCACCCCAUCGCCGCCAACCACCCCCACCCCGUGGAGCGACUCGCCAGGGAGGUGCAGCUGCUCAAAGACAAACUGGCACAAGUGUCCACCACUACAGAGGAGAACUCGCCCGUCAAGCCAGCCGAGCGCCGGCGGCCCGACACCAACCUGAACCAAAACACCAACAACGGCACCUUCCUCUUCCCGGCUUCGAGGCCUCACGGCACGGGGGUGACCCGGGCGGCGCCCCCUCCUACCUCCACCAACCACCAGACCUCGAGGGGCCCUCCUCCGCCAGCCGCAGCCCCACCAUCCAGACCAAGCCACAAGGACAGUAGUGGCGGCAGCAGCAGCAAGCACACCUUCCUGUUUGGGCACUCUUCCUCAGCGGAGGCCCGUCCCGACCAGCGGUACUACCCAGUGCCCAGUAACGCCAAGCUGCCAAAGAGCAACGGGUCGAUAGCUUCCUGAUGACCCUCGUCAUCACUGUUCCCACAUGCGAUACAGACCAUUGCACUUCCCGUCUGCACAACAUGACACCGAAACAAAGUCACCCUCAAGAAGUGAGGUGACGCAGGCAUGUGUUUCCUGUCAAACACCAUUUUAAUAAACUACAGGGUGCAGCCCAGUGCAGGAGGAGGAAACAAUCCACGUUAGAGCCCUUUACUCUGCUAUUUAUCGUCUGUACUGUAUUUAAGAAAUGUGACAACUGUUUUAUAUUUUAUAGAAACAAAACAUGGUGUUAAGCUUUCCCUCUAAUUAAAUAUAUCCAACUGCAGACAAGCAAAAAGAAGAUGCUUCAUAAUAAUGACCAAGACAAACUGUUCAUAAGCAAACUGCAGGAUCUGAAGCUCUGUGAUCGUCACGUCUCGCUUCAAGACAGAAAGACGGCUCGUUUCCAUUUUAAGCGUCUUAUCCUGAAAGUGUUCCAGUGACGUGAGAUAGUGGAGUCGGGUGGUGGCUGAGGCCAGUUUGACAGAACUCCACCCAGUGAAGGGACAAAAGCUUUUCACUGGAUUUACCUUCGACCCGUGUGAUCAUCAGGCUUCAUCUUUUUUACCAUCAUGUGCAAAGAUUUACUCAUUUCUUGUCUCCAGCUCGUAGAAAAAAGCCGAAUAUCGUUUCUGGAAAAACAAUAAUUUCUGAAAAGCCUCAUUUUGAGCUGCAGCAGCUGCGACCUGCGACUUCACCGAGGAAUUUAGGGCAUGAGAGCUAUUUUGGUUCUGCUCUCAUAUCUCUCCUCCUGCAGGGAGAGGCCUGUAUUCAGUUCAGUGUUAUGUUAACCUCUGUGUGUCUGGAUGAGGCCGCGCUCACAGAACGUUACUGCCUUGUAAUGACCGGGAUCACGUCAGGGCUCUAGUUAUAUAAUCCUGUGUAAACGAUGAAGUAUUUCUGAUCAUCAUAAUUGGUCAAUAUUCGAUGUCAUGUGCGAUUCCCGGCCAGAUUUAGUAUUAAUUUGAGACAUUUCUCCAUCUUUUUUGGUGGAAUUGAAAAUGAAACGUUACCAUGAGAACGUUAGUGUUGGAAGCAAAGAGAAGCUGAUUCUCCCCCUCUCCUCUCGGGGUGUAUUAGUAUGCAGCCCACAUUUAGGUCAAGGACUUGGACGUGUCUGACUGUGUUUAAUUCACUGUCGGCUCCUGCGCCUUUAAAUCCAAACAGGUUGUCGUUCGCAUGAUGUGGACGUGGAGUCGCUGCACUGGCGUCAUUCCCCACGGACGAAUGGUGUUUAGUUAUUGUGUAUUUAAAUAAGCAUGUUUUUCUAGAUGGUGUAAAGCAGGAUAACAGUUGACGGGUGUUGGAUGUCGAGCUUCUCUCACGUCUGAAGGUACCUCACUUGAAAGCACUACGAAUUAUUCAAUUGUUGUAAAUAAGCAUCAAUGUUCAUAUCGGCUACAGUUCCAGAACUUUCCAGGUGUGAUUCCAAAACGUUUGCUCGUCUUCCACAGAAGAAAAACCCACAAGCUCAUCGUCCUGUUGCUUAGAACCUUUAAUUCGAUCUCCUGCUUCCACCCAUUUGUCUGUGUCUUUGUAUGAUUUCAUGUUUUUUGGUACGAACUUCACUUCAAUUUGCCAGAUGUACAUAUUUUUUGUAUCAGCAUGUUUUCAUCCUGAUGAAUAAAAAGUGUUAUCGCUUCAUAAACUCUCACCUGUGUUUUCAGAAUUUGAAUAAAAAAAACGUCCCCUUCUCGUA